UUUUAACGCUCUGCCACCUGACUUGAGUAUCAAAACUUGAUGAGUCGCGACCAACAUCGUGUAGCUACAACAACGUAAUGCACAUGUACGCGGUGGAAAGCCAACAGCGAACAAAAUGUCUGAGAACGACGAAAGAAAAGUAUUAGUAGACCACGAAGUGACUACAGAUGGCUAUGGGACAGGGCAACUUGGGAAGGAACAUGAAGACACUGAAAGUAUUAAAAGUGAAGAAGUUGAAGUAAAAAUUCUACCAAAGCCUGCUUCAUUAGGUCAGCUGUUUCGAUAUGCUACAGCAUUAGAUGUUAUGUUCAUGAUCAUCGGUAGUAUUUUUGCCGUUGUACAUGGAGCAGGAUGGCCUGUAAUGAUGAUCAUUUUUGGUCAGAUGACCGACUCGUUUAUAAAUCUUGGUCAGAAUAUGACUGGUCACAACACAUCAGCGUUGCCAAUCCUACCGAUAAUGACACCGUUUCCACUGACAAACUUUACCAAUGGUAGUUCAGUUAUUCCUCUUUAUCCAUUUGCUAAUCCCAGCCUCUCUCAUUGGCAAGAGGAAAUGACACGUUAUUCCAUCUACUAUUGCAUUGUGGGAGGAGCAGUAUUUGUGGCAUCCUAUUUUCAGGUUUGUUUUUGGACCAUGUCUGCUGAAAGGCAAACACUAAAAAUACGUAAAGUCUUUUUCAAGUCUAUUCUACGACAAGAGAUUGGUUGGUUUGAUAAACACCAAAGUGGAGAGUUAACUACACGCUUGACAGAUGAUAUGGAGCAAGUACGCACUGGUAUUGGUGAUAAGUUUAGUCUAAUUAUUCAGUUUACUGCUGCAUUCUUCAGUGGGUUUGCCAUAGGAUUUUGGAAAAGUUGGAAGCUUGCGCUUGUGAUGAUGUCAUUGACUCCACUUUUAGCCAUAGCUGCAGGAACAAUGGCUAAGGUCAUUCAAUCGUUUGCCACUCGAGAGCAAGAAGCAUAUGCCAAGGCUGGUAGUGUUGCUGAGGAAGUGUUAUCAUGCAUACGAACUGUGGCAUUAUUUAGUGGACAACCUAAGGAGUGCAUUAGGUACGAUAAGGAGCUUGUUGUCGCUAAAAAUAUUGGUAUUCGUAAAUCCCUGGUUACAGGAAUUAGUUUAAUGCUUACUAUGUUCAUUAUAUUUUCUGCUUACGCCUUGGCCUUCUGGUAUGGCCCACUCUUAGUGUCUCGUGGUGAGAUGUCAGGGGGAGAAGUGCUGACUGUGUUCUUCUGUGUCAUGAUUGGUUCUAUGUCUCUUGGUAAUGCUGGUCCUAAUUUACAAUUUGUAGCAUCAGCCAAAGGAGCCGCUGCAACUCUCAUCAAAAUAAUUGAUAAUGAACCUAGUAUUGACGCGAGCUCUCAUGAUGGUAUCCAAUUAGAUAAUUUAUCAGGCCAUAUUGAAUUUAGAAAUGUCUCAUUUGCAUAUCCCACGAGAGAAGACGUCACAGUUUUGAAAGAUUUUUCAAUAGAAGUGAAACCAGGCCAGACUGUAGCACUUGUAGGGGCCAGUGGAUGUGGUAAAUCUACUGCAGUUAGUUUACUGUUAAGAUUCUAUGAUGCAGCAUCCGGUGAAAUCCUGAUUGAUGGACAUGAUAUCAAAUCAUUAAAUCUGCAAUGGCUUCGACAGAGUAUUGGAUUGGUUAGUCAAGAGCCUGUUCUAUUCGGUUACAGCAUCCGGGAAAAUAUAGAACUUGGACAAGAGGGUGUUACCUUUGAUGAAAUAGUCAAAGCGGCCAAGGACGCCAAUGCUCAUGAUUUCAUUAGUAAUCUUCCAAACGGGUAUGAUACUUUAGUUGGUGAACGAGGAGCGCAACUCUCAGGUGGGCAGAAACAGAGAAUUGCUAUUGCAAGAGCAUUAGUACGUGACCCAAGAAUACUGCUUUUAGAUGAAGCAACGUCAGCCCUUGAUACGGAAAGUGAGAAAGUUGUACAGACUGCAUUGGAUAAGUUGGUGGUGCUACAAAUGGUGGCCGAAGUUGAAGCGGAUGAAUUAGCCAUUCCCAUUAAUGCUGAGGAGUCUAUCACUAUAUCACAUGAAGAAAAACUGCUACUGAAAAGACAGGCAUCACUGAAGAGGCAAUCAUCUACAGUCAGUCAAAAGUCUUUGAAGGAGGAGGACCCUAAAUUGCUAAAGGAAGAAGUAGAAAAUCCCCAUUAUUUCCGUAUAUUAAAAAUGAAUUUACCUGAAUGCGGAUACAUUCUGUUUGGAUGUUUUUGGAGUGCUGUAGCUGGAGUGGCCUUCCCCAUAUGGGCUAUAUUUUUCUCUGAAGUAAUAAAGGUAUUCAUGCUUACAGAUGCUAAUGAGAUGCGAAAGGAAGCUAUGUUCUGGGCUCUGAUGUUUUUAGCUCUCGGUGGUGUUCUUGGAGUGUCAAAUUUAUUUUUCAGUUGGAUGUUUGGUGUAUCCGGUGAAAAAUUAACACUGCGCAUGAGAUCAAAAUCGUUUAAAGCUAUUUUACGUCAGGACAUCGGAUGGUUUGAUGAUCCACGGCACAAUACUGGUGCCUUGACAACCAGACUGGCUACUGAUGCAUCUAAUAUAAAAAAUGCUACAGGUGUUCGCAUUGGUACAAUAUUACAAGCGUUUUUCUCUAUGGUUGCUGCUAUGGUAAUAGCUUUCAUAUAUGGCUGGCAGCUGGCGUUAGCAUUGCUUGCUUGCGUGCCAUUGGUAGGACUUGCCGGACUCCUCAACAUGAAGGCUGUUCAUGGUCACCAAAAGAAAGAUCAAGAAUUAUUGGAAAAUGCUGGAAAGACAGCAUCUGAAGCAAUUGAAAAUAUGAGAACAGUAGCGUCAUUGACUCGGGAACCAACAUUUUAUGAAACUUACAGUAAACAUUUGAAAAAACCCUAUUUCAAUGCAAUGAGAAAUGCUCAUGUCUAUGGUAUAUCGUUUGGAUUUGCUCAAGGCAUAAUGCUACUGCUGUAUGCUGGUGCUUUUAGAUUUGGAGCUUUUUUAGUCGGUAUUGAUGAAAUAGAACUGGCAGAUGUUUUCAAGGUCUUCUUUGCGGUUUCAUUUGCUGGUAUGGCUCUCGGCCAAUCAGCUUCCUUCCUUCCUGAUUACUCAAAAGCCAAGCAUUCAGCCGGUCUGAUAUUCAAAUUAUUUGACACGGUUCCACCAAUAGACAUCUAUUCACAGGAUGGCAUGAAACCAGACCACAUUGUUGGUGAAGUGACUUACAGAAACGUUUAUUUUAAUUACCCAAGUAGACCUGAUGUUAAAGUGUUAAGAGGCAUUAAUAUUAAUGUGAAUACAAAUCAACGUGUAGCUUUAGUUGGUGCCAGUGGAUGUGGUAAAAGUACCAUGGUGUCUUUACUGGAACGGUUUUACAACCCUUAUGAUGGACAAAUUAUGGUUGAUGGGAAAGAUGUGCGUGAUAUUAAUUUGAAUUGGUUGAGACAUCAGAUGAGUGUUGUGAGUCAGGAACCAAUUCUCUUUAACUGUUCAAUUGCUGAGAACAUAGCAUAUGGUGUUGAAGAAGACAUUCCCCAUGUUAUGAUUGAAGAGGCUGCCAAAACCGCUAACAUACAUGAUUUUAUAGUAUCACUUCCAAAGGGGUAUGAAACUGUUGUUGGAGAGAAAGGUUCUUUAUUGUCAGGUGGUCAGAAACAAAGAGUGGCUAUAGCGAGGGCUCUGAUAACCAAUCCAACCAUACUACUCCUAGAUGAAGCCACAUCAGCAUUAGAUACAGAGAGUGAAAAGAUUGUGCAGAAUGCCUUGGACAAAGCCAUGGAGGGAAGAACGUGCAUCGUAAUAGCGCAUCGUCUUUCAACAAUUCAGUCUGCUGAUCAGAUAUUAGUGAUUGAAGAUGGUCGUGUAAUUGAACAAGGAACGCAUAAACAGCUCAUAGCUAUGCAGGGGGCAUACUACACCUUGACUAGUGGACAGCGGUUAACAUAAACUUCAAGAAUUGUAUUAUUUUUUCUGAUGAUGUCCAUGCCCAUAUUAUUACCAUAUUUAGUAGUGUUCAACAUUCCAGUUUAUUUUUAAUCGCCAAAUCUAUAUAUUUUUCACGAUUGCCAUAUAUGGCAUGUACGGUACUUAUAAUAGUAUUCUGCCAGUUAUUUCAAUAAUUCUAUAUAUGGCAGUAUCGUAAAUACAUCAUCAUUUCUAUGUACUAUCUUUGUUUGCAAUAAUUGAAUGAUUUUUUAAAUUUUAUUUUAUGAUCAAUAUUUUUAAUUGAAAUUUUCAAUAUUUUGAACACACGUUUUAUUGCAUUAUAAACAUUUUUUAACAUGACAUUUAUUGAGAUAAUCUUUCAUCCCUGUCUCCCCUUAAAAAAACAUUAAAAUUACAUAAACUUUGAUUCUACUUAAUUUAAAUCCAUAUUUUCAUAAUUUAUAGAUGAG